UUUUUUGGAGUGGGGAGCUGUUGAUCAACGGACCAAUUUUCACAUUGGAAAAGCAAGACAGUCAGCACCACAGGCUCCCCUGAGAAGCUGCUCAUAUUUUUCCACCGUAACACACAGAACAACAGCAACCUUCAAAAUGGCGGACGAUGAGAAAAAGAAGUUGGAAGAGGAAAAGAAGAGGAAACAAGCUGAAAUUGAACGCAAAAGGGCCGAAGUCAGGGCCCGUAUGGAAGAAGCCUCCAAAGCCAAGAAGGCCAAGAAAGGUUUCAUGACCCCUGAAAGAAAGAAGAAACUUAGGUUAUUGUUGAGAAAGAAAGCCGCUGAAGAACUGAAGAAGGAACAAGAAAGGAAAGCAGCGGAAAGGAGACGUAUCAUUGAAGAAAGGUGUGGUAAACCUAAAAUAAUUGAUGACGCCAAUGAAGGUACAGUAAAGCAAGUAAUCGAGGCCUAUUAUAGACGUAUAGUCGAUCUUGAAAAUAAGAAAUACGAUCUCGAAAAGGAAGUGGAAUUCAGAGAGUUUCAGAUCAACGAUUUGAACAGCCAAGUUAAUGACCUCAGAGGCAAAUUUGUCAAACCAACCCUGAAGAAAGUCUCCAAAUACGAGAACAAAUUCGCCAAGCUUCAAAGAAAGGCGGCAGAAUUCAACUUCCGUAACCAACUGAAGGUCGUCAAAAAGAAGGAAUUCACCCUAGAGGAAGAAGAUAAAGAGAAAAAGCCAGACUGGUCCAAGAAGGGAGAGAAGGAGGGAGAAGGUGAGGAAGGAGGUGAACCUCCACAAGAACCUCCGGCAGACGGUCAACCUCCUGCUGAAGGUGAACAACCGGCCGAAGAGAAACCAGCUGAAGGUCAAGCUGAGGGACAACCUCCAGCGGAAGGCGAAGCUCCAGCUGAAGGACAACCUCCAAGUGAAGGAACGCCAGCAGAAGGAACACCAGCAACUGAAGGAGAAGCACCACCUGCUGAGCCUGAGCCUGCACCUCCAGGCCCCUUUGAAACCUUUAAACAGCUAGUGCUUAACGCAAAUUACGAUAUUGUAACGUUGCCAGAGACAGUGUUGGCCCCCACCGAAGACAAGGACGCCGUCACCAUACCCCACUAUUCUCUAAUCGAAAAUCGCAAAAAUAGCGGUGACGGAGUCGUGAUGUACAUUAAAGACUCCCUUAAAUACAAGGUUGUCGACUUUACCCAGGGAAAUCUCGAGAGGCAACCCUCUCUCGAAGAUCUUAUUGAAAAACUGAAAGCCGGUCCUGAAGAAGCACCACCUGCUGAAGGAGCACCUGCAGAAGGAGCACCUACAGAAGGAGCGCCUGCUGUAACUGCAGAAGGUCAAGCACCAGCAGAAGGAGCCGCUCCAACGGAACCAGUAGCGCCUGCAGAAGGUGCACCACCACCAGCCGACGCUGGUGCCACUGCCGAGGCAGCACCUCCAGCUGAAGCUGCUCCACCGGCAGAGAUUACAGCACCUGCUGAAACAGCUCCAAGUGCAGAAGCACCCGCAGAACCAGCACCUGCUGCCGAAGAACCAGCCGCACCUGCAGCUCAGGAACCUCUUCCGGAAAUGGAAGAGCCUAUGGAAAUGCCGUCAUCUAUGGAUUCGCUACAAACUAUUAUUGAAGCUGCUGCCUAAGGACAUCUGAAAUUUUAUGUGGUUUUACUUGAAGAUUUAGUCGUUAUUUUUAAUAUAAUGAUACUUUAAUCAAUGUUCCAAACA